GGGGCGGCGGGGGAGUCGCCGCCAAGGCCGCCUGUGCCCGGGGAGAGCUCUCCACCUCGCCAGGAAAGCUGGAGCGAGCUGCUGGCGGGUGUCACGUUUCCCAUCCCGAAGGAAAAGAAACUGUUGCUGCUGCAGAGCGUGCUCGCCCGACAGGGAUGAGUCAAGCUGCCGGGGCCAAUCGCCAGCAGAAGGACAAAGGCAAGGGGGGAGGGAAGCCCACCCCGGCCGCAUCAGAAAGCCCCCGGGGGAGGCAGAGCCCUGCGGCUCCCGCUGACAGCAGCGCGGCCGCGGACCGGGCGCCUGGCUCCGCGGCGGUGUUUCUUCUUUCUUCAUCGACCUCCUCCUCCUCCUCCUCGCCGAGCUUAAAGGGGGAAAGCAGCGUCCGGCGGAGGGAGAGAAACUUGGGUCGGUGCGUGGGGUGUCCGGCGAUCGGCUCGGUCCUCGCGAUCAAGAUGAAAAGUAAAAAAGGUGUAGUUGCAAUAUCAGGCAGUGAAACGGAGGAUGAUGACACUAUGGAUGUCCCACUGGAUCUUUCCUCAUCUGCUGGCUCAGGCAAACGGCGGAGACGUGGCAACCUGCCCAAGGAAUCUGUGCAGAUUCUUCGGGACUGGCUCUAUGAGCACCGAUACAAUGCUUAUCCUUCAGAGCAAGAAAAAGCGCUGUUAUCCCGACAAACACACCUUUCCACACUACAGGUCUGCAACUGGUUUAUCAAUGCACGCCGCAGGCUGUUACCUGACAUGCUGAGGAAGGAUGGCAAAGACCCAAAUCAGUUCACUAUCUCACGGCGAGGGACCAAGCUUCCCGAGGGCGGCCUGGUGGAGUCUGCCAUCAGCACAAAGAACUACAUUCCCCUGCUGGAGGAGACCGCCUUCCUUCCUGCUGCCGCGCCGCUCGGCAAGACUGUGUCCUCUUCCAAGCCGGCCUCCCCGGGCUCGGUCCUGGCUCGGCCGUCGGUGAUUUGCCACACGACUGUGACUGCAUUAAAAGAUGCCCCUUUCCACUUUUGCCAGCCAGCUGAUGUAGGCCAGACCACGGACCUGCAGCAGCCCCCGGCUGGUGGCUUCACAGAUAACCCCCUCUCCUGCCACGAGGACGCAUCCAAACUGGGACCUGGUGCAAACACACAAAGUGGGCUCUUUAACACUCCUCCUCCAACACCACCAGACCUUAACCAGGAUUUUAGUGGAUUCCAGCUUCUGGUGGAUGUUGCACUUAAAAGGGCGGCAGAGAUGGAGUUGCAGGCGAAACUUAUGGCCUAAAUCCCCUUCCUUCUCCUUCCCCGUUUUGUUUUACCAGGCAGGGAUCUAACAGCUGUGUGGUUAUUGCCACCCACACCAUAUCAAAAGACUUCACUGCAUUAUUAUUAUUUUUUUUAUUAAUCUUAUUUGCACAAGGGGAUUGCUGAAAUGAAGCUUCCUGUCACUGAGAUGGUCUUCAGUGGAAUACGGUCAUUCCAAGAAUUAUAAACUUAAAGCUACUGUAGAAAGAAAGGAUUGUGUGUUUUGUUGGGAUUUUUUUUUUUUAAUGUUUUCUUUGUAGAUUUUUCAUAAUGUGAGAUGUUUCCCAAGAUCAUGUGAUUUGUUUUGUUUCCUUCAGACUGUGCAAUAUCUAGUAAUGAUAUAGAGUCUUCUUAUCAUUCCCAUGUGGAACGGAAUAUACCGACACGCUGUCUAAAUUUUCAAUUUUUUUAACAAUACAAACUUUGGAUGAUCAUGCUUUUUUCCCAUAAUAUAAUAAAAUAUUUUCU